UUUGGUAUUCUCGCAAGUUGCGCAAUGCAGGCACACAGUGCUUGUUGUUAAAGCACAACAGAGACGCAAACACGGGUGGCACAAUUCGUAUUUGAUUUAGCUGCCAGCCAGUUUCUACGUGUUAAUUGAAGAGGGAAGGUAAACAAAAGUGCAAGUGUUAAAAAAAGCUUAUUCAACCGUUUUAAAAAUGGCUUCGCAUUUCUUUCGCACUGCAUUUUACGCAACUGCAGCGAAAAAAUCAAUAAAUGUACCGUUUGCCGCUGGUCGCACGGCCGCCACACUUGCUGUGGGUCUCUCGUUUGGUGCACAGAAUAAUCGCACCAACGCUGUAACAUAUGACAACAUGUAUACGGAUAGAUUCUACAGCGGCUGCUCUGCCAGCGCCGGCAAGGGUCUCUUACAGAGUCCUCUGGCCGGCUACCGAAAUCUACAAUUGCCGAUCUCCCGCAAUUAUUCAAGUCUGCAAAUCCAACGGGUACGUCAUAGCGCAAUGGCACCGGCAAAGAAUCGUCGGAAUCUGUCCUCCAAGGAUAUUACGAAGAACAUGACCCUCUAUACGAGCCAGAAGGCCGACAUCGAGGUAGAUCCGAAGACGCUGGAGUUUAAGAAACCCACUGGCAACCCACUUGUGCUGAUGAUGGCCUGGCUGAUGGCCAAGCAGAAGCACCUCAAAAAGUAUGCGCAAAUCUAUACGGAAAUGGGUUUCGAUGUGAUGGUGGUGCACAUUACACCCUGGCAGCUGCUCUGGCCCGCCAAGGGCACCCAGGUGGUCGCUGCGGAGACAUUGAAAUUUCUGGAGAACAAUAAAUCGUAUGCGCCGAUUGUGAUGCACGGCUUCUCGGUGGGAGCGUAUCAGUUGGGCGAGAUAAUGCUGCAAAUGUCGCGCGAUAUGGAUCGCUAUGGCAGCAUACUGGAUCGGUUCGUUUGCCAGAUCUGGGACAGUGCUGCCGACAUUACAGAGGUCCCCGUCGGCGUGCCAAAAUCGAUAUUCCCAAGGAACGAGCGAAUGCAGGUAGCAUUGCGCAACUAUACGCUGUAUCACAUGAAGACAUUCCACAAUCAGGCGACCAUACAUUAUAUGCGCUCCAGCCAAAUGUUUCACUCGACCCUGUUGAAGGCACCGGCGCUGUUCUUUGUCUCCGACAACGAUCCGAUUGGACCACCCUCGUCGAAUCAUGCUGUGCGCGAGAAUUGGGAGAGGGCCAACAUAAAAGUGACAUUUAAAUGCUGGCAGAAGUCGCAGCAUGCCGCCCAUUACAUCAAGCAUCGUGAUGAGUAUUUGGAGAUGCUGUUCCAGCACCUGGAGGCCUGUGGCAUCCUCGAGGCAGCUGGCAUGCUCAAGCGCGCCAAGUUGUAAGCAAGCUGAGGAAUCCUCUCCAAUGUAUUUUGGGUGAUAAAACGAGAAUAUUAUUUGCGACGAUUUUAUGGUGAUUCUACCUAGCUCUUAAGAAAUAAAGUUUAAUCCUUUUGUUCCCUAUAUGUGUGAGUGUGAGUGCGUAUGUGCCAGAAUCAUCAACAACAAAAAUUAUACCAAAAUUUAAUUGCAAACCACUUUUGUUUAGACUUAAGCAUUAAAAACUGUUAUCGUCUCCUUAUCUGAAGCAAAGCAAAUGCUCAACAUUAAACGCUAUGCUCCGAGACCAGUACCCAACCGCAUUCAACAACAUUAAACGAAGUAAUUUAACUAAA